AUGGACGUCAAGACUACUUACGAUUUCAUUGUGGUCGGAGGCGGAACUGCAGGCCUAGUCGUCGCGGGUAGACUGGCCGAGAAUCCCAAAGUCCAAGUCCUCGUGGUCGAGGCAGGUAAAGGAGACCCGGAAAAGGUCGAGGAGAUCAUGACUCCUGCACUUGCAUUUCAUCUUCCCGAAAGUGAAUAUGACUGGGCCUAUGAGACCAAGAUGGUCAGCAAGCCCGGCUACGAACGAACCGAAGCAAAGAACACCCGAGGUAAAGUGCUGGGAGGAAGCAGUUGUUUGAACUACUUUACCUGGCUGAAGGGCAGCAGUGCUACAUAUGAUGAAUGGGUCAAGUAUGGUGGUCCGUCGUGGAGCUUUCAGAACUGCUGGCAGUAUUUCCGCAAGCCAGCGUCAUUCUACGACGAAGACCACCUAUUGAGUUUCGAUCCGCCAGAUGUGGGUGAAAACGGGCCAGAUUCCUUGCUUCAUGUCUCCCCAACGCGGCCUAUACCACUAGCAGAGAGGCUUUUUCAAGCAUGGCAAAGCCGUGGUUACUCGGUAUCGGGUAACGUCUGGGGCGGCAAUGUCGACGGCAUGACUCAUCUGAUUCGCACCGUACACAACGGUGUCCGAUCCACCAGCAAUUGCUUCAUCAGAGGGAAACGCAAUAUAACCGUACUCACAUCUACUGUGGCAGAAAUGAUUGUCACGAAAGACGGCGCGGCCGAAGGUGUUGUGGUGCAAAGUCCUGAAGGCAAAGCAUAUUACCAUGCAAGCCAAGAGGUGAUCGUCUCCUGCGGAGUGUUUGAAUCGCCUAAACUUCUCAUGUUGUCAGGCAUUGGGCCUCAGGAAGAGCUUCUGGCAAGAGGCCUGCCCUGCUUAGCCGACUCGUGGCACGUCGGGAAGAAUCUGCAAGACCAUCCGAUCUUGCCUCACGUGUUCCAGGUACCCGAAGACCUCUCGAUGGAUGAUGUGAUCCGACCAGGACCCCGGCACGAUAAAUAUUUGCAGCAGUACCGAGAUUCGAAGACGGGCCCUUUGACGAGCGGGCUGUUAGAGGUCUCUGCCUUUGCCCGGAUCGAGGAACGGUUGCAAACGUGUAAAGAAUGGAGAACACUGAAAGAUACGGAGGGAAACGACCCGUUGGGACCAGAAGGACAGCCUCACCUCGAAAUUGACUUCGUGCCUUGCUUUGCAAAACCAUUCCAGCCACAUAUACAGCCCCCGGCGUCAGGUGGCUAUCUCACCGUCAUUGUUUCCCUCCUCCGGCCACGGUCUCGUGGGACUGUCUCCCUCCGAUCCAGCAAAGCCACAGACAAGCCACUUAUCGAUUUGAACUUCCUAGCUGAGCAGGUCGACGUUGUGGGCCUGAGGGAAGGCACACGUUUCGUCGAUGAGAUCCUGCAGAAGGGUGAUGGCAUGCGCGAAGUCAUCUUGGGCGAGUAUCCGAAGAAGAUGCCUCGAGACUCGGAUGAGGAGAUGGGCACGUACAUACAUCAAAGGGUCUCAACUGGCUACCGCCAAGAUAUCGAGCAUGGGGUCCUAGAUGAGCGCCUUCGAGUCUAUGGCAUCGGACGCAUCCGUGUUAUCGAUGCAUCCGUUUUCCCGAUAAUCCCUGACGCUCGGAUUCAAAAUGCGGUAUACAUGGUUGCUGAGAAGGGAGCUGACAUGAUCAAAGAGGACCAUGCGGACCUCUUUGGGCUUUCCGAUGUGGGAUCCAAGCCUAUGGCGAAAGCGAGAGGUAUCUGGAACGCAUUCACGACCGUCGUGACGGCGAAUAGAGAGCUUUGGAGACAAUUGUGA